AUGAGCACGUUCGAUUCGGCCGAGGGCCAUCGACGAGUCCACAUUAUCGAUGAUCUUCUGGGAGCUGUUUUGGUGCUUGCGGCGUUGGGUUUCAUGUUGCUACUCGAGCUCACACGAAGGCGAAUUUGCGCUGUAUACCAGUUGGCGUUCGUACUCUGUGCCGUCUGCACGUUCUUCAUCUUUGGUGGAAUCGUGGAUCAUCACUUGACCAACGAACAGCUCACUCUUGCGCUCUACGGCUCCUACCUGUCCAGUUCACUCACGACGUCGUACGUGUAUCUGCCAACAUUGGCGGCGCUGGGUGUUUCGUUCGCUGCACUUGUCCAGCUGUCGCUCUGUUCCUGUCAGUGCUGCUGUCUUGUGGGUGCUGCUAGCGUCUCGCACGGUAACUGCUUCGCUGCGCGGAUACGAGCCAACACGUCGUUAUACAGCACCAGCUUUGUUGCGCUCAUUGGAGCAAUCGGUGUAAGGCUGAACGCGAGGUUACGUGAAUCGGCCAUCAACCCACACGGUGGAACUGUACAUUGGUCCUUGCUGCGUGCUCCAUUUUUCUUGGCCAUGGCGCAUAUCGGAAGCUUGCUGUUCGUAGCACUCAAGCUCUUCUUGCAGCAUUUCAUGCUAGAUCAAGUGCCGGCAACAACAGUAAAAGACUUGGCACGCCCACCGCCGGCAUCUGAAAAGCUCCCACCAAUGUCCACGUCGUUGGAGAAGAAGGUCAACCGAACUCGAAGUCCGACAAAUUCUUCUGCUGCAGCGGCGCUAGCUGAUGCACUCGCGGCUCGUGAAGGGCAACGUCGCGAGUUGCAACUUUCAGUCGCAGCUUCUCCAGAUCGCGUCAAACGUUCGAACAACAACAACGAAGGCGACGUAUCUUCACUCAUUAGCAGCGACAGCGAGAAUGACGAUGAAGUAUUACAGCCAGUAUUUAAAAAAUCCGUGGCUGCUGCUGUUCGUCGAGCUGCGAGUCCACACCGGUCAGCGUAUUCGGGAUACUCCUCAAGUCCACCAGCGUCACCAACAUCUUCGAUCGAUUCGACCCUAUCGACAUCCCCAAUUGCUAGAGCACGCGCGAGGUUAUACCGUAACGGCAGCACAACCAGCGAGUCAGUCGCCUGGAGUGACUACGAAGACACAUUAGAUAGACUAUCGGCUCGAGAUUACUACAGCGAUCGCCCAUCGACGGCAUCGUCCACGUCCACCGCUUCAAUACACGGACUACGCCGUCGUGCCAAGGCCGCAAACAACUCAUCUUCGUCGAUGGCUUACCGACAUUUAACAGCGCUGCCGCAGCUCGUAGAAACAAGAGCACAAGCGCCAUCUGACUCACCGUGGAUACCGUGUGUCGACCCUGCCAGCGGGAGCACGUACUACUACAAUCAACAAACCGGUGAAAGUCGCUGGGACCUGGUUCAGCUCUAA